AUGGCCUCGGACCUAGCAUGGACACAGCAAAGGGACCAGGUGCAGGAGGAUGGGGAAGCUCCCCAAAGUCGAUUGUCCAAGAAACUUCUGGACUUUUUCCAGGUCCCAUCCAAAUGGAGGACAGGAAGUGAUGAAGAACUCCUUCUCAGGCUAAAGGCCCAAGAAAUAAUAGGAGAAAAGGUCAAGGGCAGAUGCUUAGAGAGCACAGGGGCUCAGGGGAAGCCACUGCUGCCAAGGCCGAACACAAAACCUUUGCCAAAAAAAGCGAAGUCACCAACUUCGGAUGAGGUCACCAAAGUCUGUAGGAGUGCAACAUGGCAGAAGGAGCCUAGUAAGGAGAACCCACAAAUGAGCGGGCAACCAUCAACACCAGGCCCCAUCUUAGGCAAUAAAUGGCCCUCCUCGAUCACUUCACCCAGGCAAAGGAUAAGUGGAAGUAACCUUCCGAAAAACCCCUCCAGUAAUGCUGGAGAGAACCAAACAAACCCUUGUGAAAACUUCACAAGGAAAACUUCCAGCAAAACAUUGCUGGAGGACAACUGGCACCUCGAAAGAUGGUGCCACAAGGCCACAUGGAUGGCCAAACUUCUAACUUUCACCCCGCACAUAGACAGGGUGAAGUGGGACUGGUUAAAUAACGGUCCUACUCGACUCCCUGACACGAAGUGGUCAGGCAAAAACGAUACAGAAAUUUUCUGGCAGUGGUACACCACACUGCUAGGAUUCCUCACAUCAUGA